GGGGUACAGGUGCUGAUGAGCGCCACCCGGAGCACGUAUGUGAAGGAGGAGGGCGUGUACCGCUUCCACAUGGAGCACCCCGUGCCUGCCUACCUUGUGGCUCUUGUGGCCGGAGACCUCCAGCCCGCGGACAUCGGACCCAGGAGCCGUGUGUGGGCCGAGCCGUGCCUGCUGUCCAUGGCCACCAGCAAGCUGUCAGGCGUGGUGGAGCAGUGGCUGAGCGCAGCUNNNNGAGUGGGGGGUCCGUACAUGUGGGCAGGUAUGUACGACAUUGUCUUCCUCCCGCCCUCCUUCCCCAUCGUGGCCAUGGAGAACCCCUGCCUCACCUUCAUCAUCUCCUCCAUCCUGGAGAGUGACGAGUUCUUGGUCAUCGACGUUAUCCACGAGGUGGCCCAUAGCUGGUUCGGCAACGCCGUCACCAACGCCACCUGGGAGGAGAUGUGGCUGAGUGAAGGCCUGGCCACCUACGCACAGCGGCGUAUCACCACUGAGACCUACGGUGCAGCCUUCACCUGCCUGGAGACGGCCUUCCGCCUGGAUGCCCUGCACCGGCAGAUGAAGCUGCUGGGAGAGGACAGCCCAGUCAGCAAGCUGCAGGCCAAGCUGGAGCCAGGAGUGAACCCCAGCCACCUGAUGAACCUGUUCACCUAUGAGAAGGGUUACUGCUUCGUGUACUACCUGUCCCAGCUCUGCGGAGACCCCCAGCGCUUUGACGACUUUCUCCGCGCCUAUGUGGAGAAGUACAAGUUCACCAGCGUGGUGGCCCAGGACCUGCUGGACUCCUUCCUCAGCUUCUUCCCAGAGCUGAAGGAGCAGAGCGUGGACUGCCGGGCAGGGCUGGAGUUCGAGCGCUGGCUCAACGCCACAGGCCCCCCACUGGCGGAGCCAGACCUGUCUCAGGGAUCCAGCCUGACCCGGCCAGUGGAGGCCCUCUUCCAGCUGUGGACAGCAGAGCCCCUGGACCAGGAGGCCGCCUCGGCCAGCACCAUUGACAUCUCCAAGUGGAGAACCUUCCAGACAGCGCUCUUCUUGGACCGGCUGCUGGACGGGUCCCCGCUCCCCCAGGAGGUAGUGACAAGCCUGUCCAAGUGCUACUCGUCCCUGCUGGACUCGAUGAACGCCGAAAUCCGCAUCCGCUGGCUGCAGCUGGUGGUCCGCAAUGACUACUACCCCGACCUGCACAGGGUGCGGCGCUUUCUCGAGAGCCAGAUGUCGCGCAUGUACACCAUCCCGCUGUACGAGGACCUUUGCACUGGCGCCCUCAAGCCCUUCGCCCUGGAGGUCUUUUACCAGACGCAGGGCCGGCUGCACCCCAACCUGCGCAGAACCAUCCAGCAGAUUCUGUCCCAGGGCCUGGGCCCGGGCGUGGAGCUGGCCGCGGAGCCCGGCGCGGAGAGGGACGCGGGCGCUGAUACGCCGGCUCUGCUGCUCGGUGACGAGGCCCCCGGCAGCGCCAUCUCUCUCAGGGACGUCAACGUGUCUGCCUAGCCCAGUGCAGGCUGCCCACGAUCUCCCAGACACCACGAUUGUGCCUUCUGGGGCGCAGGCCGUUGGGACUGCACUCAGCUCCCUGCGAGCUUGCCGGCCCAGGCGACUACCCUCAGGCUCACCCAGGCCAGCAGGGAGCGGGGUGUGGGCACAUGGCGAGGCCGGCUCUCCUGCACUGCAGGCCCGAGCGGCGGCCACCAGCGCACCCAUGCCCUCCCGUCCCCACACUGAGGCCACACCCAGCCCGGACUCCGGCAGGAGCGGUAGGCGUCCACACCAGAGCUGCCCGGGUGACGGACCCCCGGACCCCGGCGACCGCCACACUGUGCCUUAUGUCUGCGGGUGGCACGAGCUGCGCUUCCCGCAGAGCCUCGGCAGGGCCCGCCUGGCAGAGGGCCAGGGAUGCAGACGUGCCCUCUGUCCCCCGUGCUCCCGCAGCUUGGGGACAGGAACACCAGGGAGAGGCUGCACGCCCCUGGGGAGGGGCCCCGGGCCGAGGAAAGCCUUAGCCCCUCAGGGAACCAGGGUCCAGGCCCCGGGGAGUGUGGGGCUGCCAGGGUGG